AUGAUCAUGCACAGGGCGAAGAGCCUCCUCAGCCGAGUGAAGCUCGUGAGUAGGCACCCCCUGAGCAGACCCCUCCUGACUCGCUACAUCAGCACGAGUAGCGUGAAACUUAAAAUAGUAAAAUGUAAACUGUUUGACAUCGGAGAGGGAAUUUCUGAGGUGGAAAUAACUCAGUGGAACAAAAAAGAAGGAGACAGUGUGAGCGAAAUGGAGACUCUCCUGACUGUCCAGAGUGACAAAGCAGCGGUGGAUAUAACGAGCAAGUACAGUGGAGUGCUCGUGAAGAGGUAUGCUGAACAAAAUGACAUAAUUAAAAUUGGGUCUUACUUUUGCGAAAUUGACACGGAGGAUGACAAUGUCGAGGAGGAAGCGGCGGAGGAGGGGGAGGCUGAGCAAGGAAAUGGUGAAAAGGUGGCAGACCAUGACGCGGGGGGGGGAGUAGAUCCAGAUGGGCCACACUCAUCACCCGAAGUGAAGCAACAAGGGAUUAAAGUCUCGACUGUGAAAGCAUCCCCCGGGAUUAAGAAAAAGGCCCAAGAGUACAAACUGGACGUCGGCGCAAUUGGAAGUUACUUUGCUAAGGAGACCAUAACGAUGGAAGAUGUGGAGCUGUAUCAUCAGAAGGUGAAAAAUGGAGAAAUCUCAACUGCUGGAACUAACCUGAAUGGAGAGGUCAUGGAGGAAGUAUCACUGAAGGGAAUCAAACUAGCCAUGUGUAAAAGCAUGAACGAUUCGUUGAGUAUCCCCCUGUUUCACUUAAACGAGAAAUACAACGUGCAAAAUUUGAUAACUGCCCGAAAUGAAAUAAAGAAGAGCGUCCUAGAGAAGGAUAACGUCAAAGUGACAUUAACCAGUAUACUGAUCAAGCUGAUUUCGAUUGUGUUGCGAGAUUUCCCAUUGCUAAACUCCAAAUUUGAUUCACAAAAAAAUGCUUACACUAUUUAUAAGAGCCAUAAUGUGUCUGUCGCCAUGGACACCCCAAAUGGUUUACUCGUGCCAAAUAUAAAAAAGGUGGAAUCAAAAAAUAUGGUUGAAAUUCAGAAGGAGCUGACUUCCCUACGUGAUAGAGCCAUGGAGAUGAAGCUGAGCAAAAGUGACAUCACGGGGGGUACAAUCACGAUUAGCAAUUUUGGAGUCAUAGGGGGAACGUUUGCCACUCCGAUUGUGUUUGAUAACCAGGCGUGCAUAAUCGGAUUGUCCAAAAUUGAGAAGCAGCUGUUUUUAAAAAAUGAGAAGAAAGAAUUAACCGACUUAUCGGACAUCCUUGUUGCGGACACGAUGAACUUGACUUAUGGCGCGGACCACAGGUUCGUCGACGGGGCUACGCUGGCUCAGUUUUCGAAGAAGCUGAAGGAGGUCGUGGAGGGCGUCACUUCGCUGGACCCGUACGCGGUGUAG